AUGUUUUCACUUUCACAAUUAGUUGGUUAUCAUCAUAUUCUUCGCACUUCACAUCAUCCUCAAUCUAAUAGACAAGUAGAACGUUCUAAUAGUACAUUCGUCACUCAAAUUGCUAAAACAACUGAUUAUGAAUCAAACAAUUGGCACGAAUACUUAUAUUCGAUUGUAUUUACAUAUAAUACCGGUAUUUAUUCAACAGCGAAUAUUAUUUCAUUUGAACUUAAAUUCCACCGACUAGCUAAUCUUGCAACUAAUUAUUCACUAACAGCAUUCACAUUUUAUCAAUAUUGUCAUUAUUUUCAUCAACUAUUGUCGGCGCCAGAAUUAAAUAGGGGUGGGUGUAAGCUCAAUAACUCGACAACCGCAAUAGCUAGCGAUCUGCAGUUUUCGUCAAUCGAAAGAGGAGGAGUUGGGACGUCUUUUUCUCUGAUAAUGUAUAAGACGAAAUCCUUUUAAAACUAAUCAUAUUUGAAAAACAUG